AUGUACCGACAUAGAGUGUACUCAUUCAAGUGGUUUAUCAUUCAAUUAUUGCAUAGUAUAUUGCGGAUUGAAGCAUCCUUGUUAGUUCAUGAGCUACCGUGUAAAUUCGUUGAUUCGAUCGAUAUAUCAAGUGGUAUUCUUCAUGCAAAUCAAAGUAUUACAUUCAAUAAAAUGGAAUUUCCAGAAAAUCAGUAUGCUAAAGUUAAUUACAUUCUUGAAAAUGGAAGACCUGUGAUAGUCGAACCAUACUUCCGAGGUUGUCCGUGCAAUAUAAAGCCGUGUGUUCGACUUUGUUGUCCGUAUGGUUCAUUCGUACAAUCAAUAAGAACUGAUGGAAGUUUUGCAUGCUAUAAUCAUAAUGCAGCCGAAAAUCUAUACAGUGAAGUAAUUUACGAACAUAAUCAAACCAAAGUUGUUAGUUUCGAUCAACAAUUUGGCUUCGUCAAUCGAAUAUGCCAAUUUUAUUUCUACGUAGAUGAUUUCAAAAUAACUGAAAAAGGUUACCUUUUAACUGAAGAUGAAUACAUUGAUCAAAGUGAAUAUUGUCUCAAAAUAACGAAUGAAACUCAAAUGGAAGCCAUGCAAUGUUUGGGAAAAAAUAAAGAGUAUCACAUCAGAUAUUCUAUUCUGCCAUACACGAUGAUGUUAUCGAUACCAAUGAUAUUCUUCACUUUUAUGGUUUAUAUUUGCAUACCAGAGCUAGUGAAUUUGCUGGGCAAAUGCUUAUUGUGCUAUCUCUUAAGCCUCUUCGUAUAUUACAUUGCGUUGUCAUAUGUUUAUUUGAAUGCUGGCAUUAAUGUGGCUCCAAUACCCUGUAAAACUCUGGCAUAUGUCAUUUACCUAACAUAUUUUUCCGGAUCGCUGUGGUUGAAUGCAAUUAGCUUUGACUUGUGGUUAAGUUUUCGUUCAACCAUUCGAUAUAAGAAGCAUUCUGAUCAAAAAUUAUUUCACAUUUACUCGUGUUAUGUGUGGAUUUCGUCCAUUGCUUUAACAGCUACAGCUGCUGUGAUUGAUCAAGUUGAUUCAAUUCCAUAUAAUCUUAAACCAGGAUUUGGCACUGAAGGCUGCUUCAUUAAAGGUAUCAUCAUUAAUUUAUGCUUUGCAAACAGCAUUUUCCUUGUAAAUUUAAUUUCAGAGAAUCUACUGUCAAAAUUCCUGUUUCUACACCUGCCAAUUACCAUAAUAUUCUUCGUUAAUAUUAUGUUUUUUGUAUUAACUGCUGUAAAAAUUCGACGAGUACAACGUGAACUUAAUACUUAUUUUCAUACAAAAGACAACAAAAGUGGCAAACAUCAGAUUAACUUCGAUAAUAAAAAAUAUAAUUUUACAUUGUUUGUGCGUUUAUUCUUUGUGAUGGGCAUGACCUGGUCGAUUGAUGCCAUUUGUUUUGUAUCACCCGAUAGUAUUCUAUUUAUGAUAUCCGACAUAAUUAACACUUUACAUGGCGUAUUUAUAUGUAUCUUAUUUGUAUUGAAGAGACGCGUGUUGAAUUUAAUAAAACAGAGAUGCAAAAUAUUGUGUGGAGUAGAAUCAAAGAGCAGGUCUUCCCAAUAUUCAACAACUAUAUCUAAAUCAAAUGAAAUACCCAUGCAGGAGAUUGAAGAAAAUUAAAACUUCCACAUAUCAUAUUCGGGUGCUCGUCUGCAUUUGCCUUUAUAUUCAACUGUUGGUGGUUUGCAUUUUGGAUUAGGUGGUGCAAUUGGCACUAUAUAGUUUGCUCUAUCUGGUACUGUUGAAUCUUGAAUUAUGAAAAUUAGACAUCGUUAACAUUUAGUAUCGAUUGCAUGUGGAAAUAAAAAAUUGACGAAAAAUAUUCGAAAAUUAAUAAUACAUACUAGUGUUAUUAUCCAGGGGAACUGCACAAUUUAUUGUAAAAAGAGACAACAGUAUUAACACGAAAAAAGUAAAAUUUAUUCCAAAUAACAUUAUAAAUCGUUAUAAAUAGUAGAGCACAAGUGU